AUGAUUUUGGCGCUGUGCGUCGCGCUUAGCUGCUCCUGGCUGUUGCUCACCCUCUGCCGACGUCUGUGGCUGGUCAUCGCCACCGGCAUCAUGGCGUCGAAGAAGCAGAUGGAGAGCCAACUUAAGGAAGAGAGGGCGAAAUGGCAGAGGGAGGCAGAGAUUGCCACCGCCGCUGCCGUCGCCUCGUCUCAGACGAGUGUUAAGGAGUGUGGCUGCAUGAAUAGGGUACAUCUUAUUCUUGAUAGGAUGCGGGUCGGUCAGGAGACCCUUGCUGAUCGUCUCUCAGCAAUAACAAGCAACUUUCCCAUCUCAACGUGGUCGUGCACAAGCGUGUCAACGACAGCACCUUCAUCUGUCUCUAGGAGCAAGCUACCGCCCACGGCUUCACUCCUUGAAACUUGGCGUCAGCUCGCAUUACACGAGGACACCAUGUCCAGCGGCAAUGUGGAACUCCUGGGCGACAAUGUGGAAAUCCUGCAUUACGAACCCGAAGGCGAGGCUCCCACCGCAGAGCAGUUUCCAGCGGCGGGUGCAGAAGACGAGAGCCCGCCCAUGCCCAUGGUGUUCACCGUCGAUAAUUUGCGGGACAACAUCGCCACAGCAGAUCCGGCGGAACUGAAGCGGCCCUACAACACCGGAUGUGUCUCUUUGGAGGAUAUCGUAGAAGCGGCCCAUCUGUCAGGAGAUACAGCGUUCCUGUCCCGCCCGCUGGAGAUGCCUGCAGAAGGUGCCACCUUCCACGAUGAGGACAAAUUGGCAGCUCUGUUUGCAUGGGAUGGCAUCAAACAACUUGUCCGUGCACAAUUCCCCCCACCGCACACCGUUGCUUUCGGGCACAUCUACCACACACCGCACCUCGCGAAACUUCCGCCUUCUUCGCGGCAGUCCGUGUUCCAGCUUUUGUUCGCUCUCCGUCGUGACACCUUUCGUGAAGGUCCUCGAGGAACGUCGGUGGUGACCCAGGAGGGAGGACUCCAGCUGCCUCUUGCUCGUGCUGCUUCGACCAACGAUUUCAAUCACGAUCUACAAGCCCCCCGGCAGGCCUCUUCACGCCCUGCGCAUGGUUCUGAAGAGGACAAGGACUUCAGUAGGUCGGCGGCUCCGGUGUCCAAGAGCUGGAAGAACCGUUGAGGCGACCGGGAUUCGACGGCCAAGGGCGGGACGGACGACCACCACCGCUCCACCCAGUCUUCGCGAAGGCGC